AUGCGUGAAUCCAAUUACAAAUUAGUGGCGAAUAAUAAAGCAGCGGUCACCAUUAGUGCGAGUCUCUACGAUCGUCGGGCUCUAGAUGUCACUUCAGAUAAACCUUUGGUUAACUCCUUAAACCAUCUCACAUACUUGGUCUCGUCUCUGGCCAAAGUCAGGGAAACCCUUGCUGUUGAUGGAGGAGUAGAACGGUUGGUUGAAAUCCUUCAUGAAUGUCAUAACACGACAUUCAACCUGGCUAACUCCAUUCUUAAUCAUGAAAAGAAACUUUUGGCUGCUUGGAAAUGGACCUUGACCUUCCAAUGUCUUGUAUUGAUUGGCACAAGAGGUACAGAACGGAUCCGUCAAAAGGUUGUUCAAGCUGGUAUCUUGCCCAUUAUCGCAACAGUGUUGGACAAUUAUCUUACUUUGAACGAGCAACAGUUUGUCCAGCAUGGCAUAUUUAUGAGCACAUGGAAUGGAAACCAACCAGCUGCCGCUACUACUGCUGCUGCUGCUACGACAAGAUGUCCAUGUCCUUUUACGGCACAACAGCAACAACAAGCACAAUCACAACAACAUCUGCAACUGCAACCUCCACCACCUCAACAACAACAACAACAACAACAACAACAACAACAACAACAACAACAACAACAACAACAACAACAACAGCUGAUGCUGCAACUGUCAUUUUUAUCUCCAGCAACUUCAAGAGUUAACUCCCGUGUGUCAGAAGCAUCGGACUCGUUUUUCCCUGGUUCUUAUUCGCAACCUUCACUGCAAGGCUCUGAAGAUUUCUAUGAAAGACCACCAAUCCAUGAUGAGCAGGUGACGACUCCAACAACUACAUUAUCUUCUAAUUUCACAAUGUCAACUACAGUGCCAACAAUUCCAAUUUCUCUUAACAUUCCUGCGACCUCAGGCAACACUAUUAAUCCUCCUUCAUCGAACAACAUCAACAAUAAUAUUUCUUCCAAUGGAACUUCAUCUGCUGGCAGUGGAGUAAGUCCAAACCGUCAUACUCGAGAAUUUGCACUUCCAUUUAGUUUAUCCCAAUUUGAUUCCGGAUCAUUUCCCAACAUAAGCUUUCCAGCUUCCUUUGCUCAUCCAUUCUGUAAAUCACAUUUAACCAACGAAGAUUACGAUAAUCUUUCCAUUGAUGAGUUGAUGAAACUCAUUCGCAACAACCCCAAGUUUUAUUCGGUCAAUAAUGACGUUAGAAGGAAAUACCUUAUUGUUAAUAUAAUCAAAAGACUCCGUGAACAGAAAUCAAGAGAAUAUGAUUGGGAUGAUGAACUAGUACGUGAUAAUGAGAUUGAAAUGGACUCAAAUUUGAAUUUUCUUUCGGAUAUGUACAUUCUGGAAUAUGAUUGCAUCAAUACGUUGAUGAACUCAAACACCAAGAUUGCUCCUCGCACUUUUACUGAAUCAGGGGUAGUUAUUCCUCGUGACGAUGAUAUUGUAUGGUGUUUACAAUUGUUGGCCUAUAUUUCCAAAUAUCCAUUUCUUAAAGAAGAGUUACAAAACACUCAAUUAGCUUCAGAUAUGUCCAUCCGGGAAAAGAAAUAUAUCGUGUUUAUCAGCAAACAGAUGAAGUCUAAGCGUAAGGAACUAUUGAUUCGUAUGCGUGAUGCAAAGAAUGUGAAACAACCUUCUAGUAGCUCUACAAAUGCCAAUACAAACAUUGCCAGUUCCAAUCAAUGGUUAUCUCAAAGUGAAUCUGCUUCACGUACUACAACAAAUUCAACUGAAGAAUCAUUUAUGGACAGAUUCACCGUAUCUGCAUCAAGUUCACCUCAAAUGGUGAAUGAUAUUUCUCCUGUUGAUUUGGAAAUGAUUCUUGAAGAAGACAGAUUAGAUUUAUGUCAUAAUGAUAAAGCAGAUCAUGGUGCAGAAUCUACUAACCCAGAGAAUGCCACCACUACAACUAAUGUUUCUGCUACAUCUGCAAGAGCGAUAAAUUCAGUUGAUUCUGCCUCUGCUACAGGCGGUUCUUCUGAGGAUCUUGAAGAUGAAAGCGACAUUGAUGAUGAUGAAGUUGAUGAAGAUGCAUUCGGAACGGGUGCUAUUGAUGUUGAUGGUGGUGCACAGGGAUGUGCCCAUUCAAUUACCAGUACAACUAAAAACUCAGAUGGAUCUAGUUUAAGUUCUCUCUACCAAUCGAUUGUUGAUUCCGAAUCUAUUUUGGAUGAUCUCGACCGAGAAAUGGCAUUAUGUCAAAUGAAUGAUAAGAUUGACAAGUAUAUUGAUGUGGAAAGUAACAUUCUUUCUAGUACAGUGAUUGAAGAACACAUGAUUAAGAAGAAAAACCGGCAGGACUACUGGGAUUACGACUCCUAUGACCACUUUGAGGUGGACGACCCAAUUGACCAAGACGUCUUUUUGAUGGACUACAAGAAGGUAAAUUUGUUUUCAAUGGUUGAAAAGUUUACGUUCCUUUCUGGUACAGACAUGUACUAUUGGUCUGGGGUCAUUAUGCGCAACUCGUGCCGGCGCAACGACUUUAAAGGUGGUGUGCGCCAAUGUGGUAACUUGCAAUGCGGCAAAUGGGAGCGUUAUCCUCGGGAAUUCCUGAAAUGUCGUCGGUGUAAAAGAACUAAAUACUGCAGUCGUGAAUGUCAAAUGAAAGCAUGGCAUUGUCACAGAAACUGGUGUAUUCCAUCAACUUCAAGUUCAACAUCAUCAACUACUGUCAGCACAAUGCAGACAACUACACAAGAUGGAGCUUCGUCAACCCCAUCAGGAGCAUCUUCAGGUCCCACUACUGCAUUUUCUGAAACACCCAACGCCACAAAUAAUAAUCAUACUGGAAUGGGUUUAUCAGCUCAACGAUCGAGAUCUGCAUCUGGUUCAGGACCAGGCUCUGGACCCGAAGAGUGA